AUGUCCUGUGGGCAGCCUGAAGACAGCAUGGCCAACUCCAGUGGGCAACCUGAAGGUCUCGUAACCCCUUCCAGUGGGCAGCCUGAAGACAGCAUGGCCACUUCCAGUGGGCAACCUGAAGGUCUCGUAACCCCUUCCAGUGGGCAGCCUGAAGACAACAUGGCCACUUCCAGUGGGCAACCUGAAGGUCUCGUAACCCCUUCCAGUGGGCAGCCUGAAGGUCGGAUGGCCCUUCCCAGUGGGCAGCCUGAAGACAACAUGGCCACUUCCAGUGGGCAACCUGAAGGUCUCACGGUCCCUUCCAGUGGGCAACCUGAAGGUGGGGUGGCCCCUUCCAGUGGGCAGCCUGAGGGUCGGGUGGCCCCUUCCAGUGGGCAGCCUGAAGGUGGGGUGGCCCCUUCCAGUGGGCAGCCUGAAGGUUGGGUGGCCCCUUCCAGUGGGCAGCCUGAAGGUCUCAUGGCCCCUUCCAGUGGGCAGCCUGAAGGUCACGUGGCCCCUUCCAGUGGGCAGCCUGAGGGUCGGGUGGCUCCUUCCAGUGGGCAGCCUGAAGGUCAGGUGGCCCCUUCCAGUGGGCAGCCUGAAGGUCGGGUGGCCAGUUCCAGUGGGCAACCUGAUGGUCUCGUGGCCCCUUCCAGUGGACGGCCUGAAGGUCACUUGGCCCCUUCCAGUGGACCACCUGAAGGUCACAUGGACAUGUCAGCUUUGAGAAGUGACUUGCCUGUUUCUGAUGUUGAUACCAGUUCAGAUGAGGAACAUGAAGGUCUCUUGGUACCUGCAGGUUCAGCUGAGCACGAGGAGGUCCUUGAGCUGGAGAGCCAAGCAAUCACACUAAGUACAGAUUGA